AUGCUUUUUUUUAAAUUAAAAUUUAACAAGAAAGAAACAAAAAAGUUUAAAUUAAUAUUAAAAUACAACUAGAAUCAAAUUUUAAUCGUUUUUCUUUCAGAAAGAAAGAAAUAUUCAUGAUCCGUAAAAGUCAUUGGAAGCUCCAAAACUGCGUCGUUACAAUUAACGCCUUAUCAACAUUGAAAUCGGGUCGGUUCGGGUCUCAUUAGCUCGGUUCGAAUAUAUUUGGAUUACAGAAAAGGGAACCCAUGUGCAGUUACACUCUUCCCAACUUCAUGCUCCAAAAAUGUCUCUGUCGGACUUCUUUCUCUGAGAUCCAAACUUUAACCAUAGUUUUCAGGAGAGAGAAUCAAUGGCGGUGGUUAUUGAGAUCGUCCUUUGGGAGCCAAAUCCAUCGCUGUAUACUCUCUUAAUCUUGGCCUGCGUCGUCUCGAUCGUUCUACUCCCUUACGCCUCAAGGAAUCUCAGCAGCGGCAGUAGAACUCCUGUUGUUUUCGACCUUGCAGUCUCGUCCUCGUCUUCUUCUUCCUUUCUUCGUUUACAGAGGAACUUUAUCCUCAUUUACUCUCUUGCUUCAGUUGCUGAAGGAUUGUGGUCAGUUUUUGGUGAAAUGGAGCUUGCAUAUUACGGUGUGAGUAGAGAACAGAUAGUAUUGUCUCUCUGUGUAGGAACUGGAGCCGCUCUGUUCUUUGGUACUUUCUUAGGAGUAAUAUCAGAUUUAAUAGGACAAAAGAAAGUUUGUUUGCUCUUUUGCAUCUUACACCUUUUUAUUGCCUUAUUGAAGAGAAUUGUUGCACAUCCAAGUAUUUUUGUGGCCAGUAUUUGUUUAUCACUCUCGGCUUCCAUAUUUUCGUUCAGUUUUGAGACCUGGAUGGUAGUUCAGCAUGAAAAGCAAGGGCACAGACGAGAUACUCUGAAUGAAACAUUUUGGCUGAUGAGUUUUUUUGAGUCUGCCUCUCUAAUUGGAAGUCAAAUCCUUUCAAAUUGGUUAAUUGAUAAUAAUUUAGAGAAAAACAUUUUGUCACCUUCGACCGUAGCUGUUGUUGUUGCAAUGAUAGGUAUUAUUUGUAUAACUGAGGGAUGGGCAGAAGCCCCUCUAACAGCAACUUUCAAGGAGUAUAAGAUUUCUUUCUCCACAUGUAUUAUUGGCGAUAAAAGGAUAUGGUUGCUGGCUUGGGCACAGGCUUGCCUUCACUUUUCCUAUGCAGUCUUCUGGAUUCUGUGGGCUCCAACUGUGGUGGCUGAUGGACGAGAAGUGCACCUAGGCUUGAUAUUUCCAUGUCUUUUGGGCUCAAGAAUGCUAGGAAGCACAUUAUUUCCAUGGAUUACCGGUGGACUAUCAUCUCUCAGAACCGAGGAUUACUUAGCAUGUGCAUUUAUUGUAGCAGGGAUGGUAUUGUGUAUUACAGCUUAUGAUUAUCAGGAAAUUGAAGUUUUAGUGAUGCUAUUUUGCUUGUUUAAUGCUUCUGUUGGUCUGAUUUUGCCUUCACUUGCCAGAUUAAGGACCAUGUAUGUCCCCAAUGAGUUGCGUGGAGGGAUGAUAACCCUUUCUCAAGCCCCUGCAAAUGUCACAAUUCUGUUUUUUCUGGUGCAAGGAGGCUAUUAUCGAAACAUUGAGAAUGCUACGAUUUUGGUCAUUGCUGCAUUGGGGCUGUUUACAGCAGCAAGCUCCAUGCAUAUGCUGAAACGGUGGGGAAAGCAGCCAUAUCAAAAUUGGCACAAAUCAUAAACUUUAUUUUGCCAUUGUUGGUGAAUUUUGAACGCCAAUAUGGGAAGAUGAUGUGUCAUUGUUUUUGGGCGGUGACCAGUUUAUUUUUAAAAAUUUUGAAGGUGCUUUGUAUAUAGCAGGAUAGUAGACAUCAACAAUUCAAAUCGAGAUUUUUGCAUUGCAAUUAACCAUAAAUUCAUUUUAGAGGUCAAAAGAAGAUGAAAAUCACUUGUUUUUAGGUUCAGAGCCCAUUGUCGUUGCGAGCCUAGCCCCAUUGUAGUGAGCUUGUCAGAUCUCAGAGGCCACCCCAGUUGUCUCAAUGCCGCACAGCCAGCUCAACACUACCCCUGCCGCCGCCCUUGCCUAGAUUUAGUUGUACAGCCUCCACCCCGAUCAAUGCUAUGUUCUUGUUUAAAUUUUUUAUAGGUUUGAAAUGAACUUUAUAUGGGUUUGAGGAUUUUGUUGUAUUCCUUACCCCUGCCUAAGUUUGAUUUCUCUAUUUAUGGAUUACAGGAUUUUUGUGCCUAUAAAUUUUCUUGGUUGAUAUAAUAUUUAUGCGUUUGAAUCC